AUGAUCCAAGAGACAAAUCGUGAAGGAAUGUAUAAGCGUUAUUACGGUUUCUUGCCUAGAUUUUCACAAAAACAAGGAGAUUAUGAGCGUAAACAUUGCGAGGAUGAUAGCGUUAUCAUCAUUUAG